GCUGGGCCAUGCUGUCCUCAGUGUUUGUGCUCGAGUACUACCUGGACACGCUCUGGAAGGGGACGCUGCUCUUCAUCGUCUGCCUUGUCUUGGUCUUCUCUGGCGUCCUGCAAACGGUGCAGAAGCAGGAGACCUGGUGCUUUUCUCUCUAUGGCAUGGCUAUAGGCCUGUGGCUCAUGGCUUCCUCAAUCCCCCGGCGCCGCCUAGUGCUGAACCACACCCGCGGCAUGUACCAUUUCUCCAUCAGUGGCCGAACUGUGUGUCAGGGCCCUAUGCACCUGGUCUAUGUGCGCCUGGCACUCAGCUCUGACGUCUAUGGCAGGUGCUUCUUCCAGCUGGUCCUUUGUGGCCACAAGCUAGAGCCACUUGUUCUGGUACAGCUGUCAGAGCGCUAUGAGCAAAUGGAAUUCCUGGGUCGGCACAUCGCCCGGAAACUCAACAUCAACUACUUUGACUACUUGGCCUCCUCCUACCGUCAUGUUGUCCGCCACUGGCCACUGGGGGCCACCUUUAGCCCUGGCAUCGUGCAGCGAAAAACACAAAUCUACACUAAGUCAAGUGUCACUGAUCUGGAUGUUUAA